AUGUGGCAGAGCAUCGGGCUGACCCUGCUGGUGAUCGUGGCCACGCUGGCCUGCGUGCUGCUCUUCAUGCUGUGCGGAUGGUACGUGGUCUGGCAAUUGUUUUUGUCUAAAUUCAAAUUCCUGAGGGAAUUAAUAGGUGAUACAGGAUCCCAGCAGGGGGACAACGAGCCUUCAGAAGCUGAAACUGAACAGGAAACUCCGCCCUCGCCUCUGAGAGGGAGACAGAAAUCGGCUCGGCAGCGAAGGGCACCUACAGAAGACACGACUUAAAAGUACUCCACUGAACUUCUGAGUAACUGUGGAUGGUUAACACUUCUGCACUCUGUCCUUCAGUGGUGUCACCUUACUGAGAAUUUCACCCAAGAGGUAACAUUGGUCCCUCUGGA